AUUUUAAUCGCUCUUUUACUGUCAUUUUCAACAUUUUGAUUCCUACUCUCACUGUUUUGUAAGAAUUGUGUAUACUUGGAGCUGUUCUUGUAUGCGAGUGUUUUUGUUUCAGAUCGGUUUGUUUGACGAAUGAUGCAAUUGCGUCUUUCUCUUUCUCUCUCUCUCUCUGUUCAACCUUCUUAUUUUUUUCAUUAUUUUUUGAAUUUAAACCCUUGCCUUAAGUGUUUUGUUUGAUUUAUUUGUGCCGUCGGAGGGAAUGAGAAAUCGUGCAAUUUCGACCUCCAAUGGCCUGGAGACUCCUGCUUCUUUGCCUGGAAAGCUUAGAAGAAGAGAGUCUGACUUCUGUUGUCAUUUUCUUGAAGUGCCAUUGCCACCGGUUCAUCCGUCGAUUGACAACAAGCGCACUGCGUCUCCUGGUGUAUGUCAUAAUAGUCGAAAGUUCGCUAUCUUUGGUGAUUGGACAGCAAGUAGAAAAAGGAUAAGUUUCAAGUUUGUUCAAGCAGAGUAUUUAAACUGUCUUUUAACCAUUGGUUCUUCUAUAAUUUCACGAAGGCAGCUGAACGUUGAAUGCUCUUUGCACAUGACGAACUUGUUUUUCCCGUGUAUUUCUUAUUUUAAUUCCUGAAAUUGCCUCAAUGAGAAUCUGUAUGACGAUUUCUUCUAAUAGGGAUUGGGAUGUAGAUAAAAACCUUUCCUCAAUUCUUCUUCACCAUUGAUGUUUAUCAUUUUUUCUUUUGUGAAAACGCAGUAAAUAGUCUUAUGUAAAAUUUGAUGAGAAAGCAAGGAUUCAUAAGACGUUCUAUAUUUACCACCUACACUGGAAUAUGCACGAUUCUUUACAAUGUAUAAUUAUGAUUUAUAUCAAAGGCUUUAGCUCUGUCACAUUCUCAACAUUGUAGAUUAAUUGAUGGUGCAUAUGUGCCGUACAUUUUGCGGAUAUCAAGAUUACUUCCUUUUCUGCUUAUGAAUGUUGUCUCAGUCAUCCUAAUUGCUAU